CAAACUUUUAGUCUACUUCAGAGAUUACCACGCGUUUAGGGAGAGUCGAUACGUUAUCAUAUGUCUAUGCUAUAUAAACUAUUGUCAGUGCAAAGAGAACCAAUAGCAAUAUUAAGCAACCAUGUCUAAUCACAGUGUGAUUCACCAGUCUACUUGGUCUAUCGGCCUUGUCAUGCAACCAGGCUAUCAGAAUCCUAAAGCAGCCUACAAGUAGCUUCUGAAAGGCUAUAUACGCAUUUGCUUUACAAUCCAGAAAAAAACAGAAGAUUAGGAAAAAACAGACUGAAAGCAAUUGCAUAUGGGAUAUCAAGAAAAAGUCAGACUGAAAACAGAGAUGAAGAGAUCUACUUACCAUAUUGUUCAGUUAUGGCAAAUGAGCCUGAGUUUAUACACAGGUAUCAUUGCAGCACAGUCAAAUGGUUGAAAUUGCUUUCUAGAGGUUGAUUGAGAAGCUGAAUUAUUAGAAGGCAAACACAUUCAAAUAGAAGUAAUAUUUCAAUUCGACAGGAGGCAGUUUACCUUACAUCAUUAGUGCAAGAAAUGUUCAAAGGAUACUGAAGGAAAUUCAUAUUAUGAACAGAAGAAAAAUCUGGAAAACAAUUCUAAGAAGUGAUCAAGGAGUUUAGUAUCACACAACAAAUAUAUAUGGAUUCCUGAUUCACAUGUGGCAAAUAGCACUGUUACAGUAAUAUAAAUUGAUGUAAGCUACACACUGCAAUGGAAGUAGCCAUAAGCAUAUAGCAGUAUACACAGGAGAUUUUAUACUUCAGUUACAGAAGAAACUGGAUUUUAUCACAUUGAACUGAGGGCACUUAUGUUGCAACACAUGGCACAAGAAAGUGUAUUUCAGUUGAAAAACUAACUUCACACUAGGAUCACCUCGAAAAGAGUACAGUACAGUUUCAUCUGGACAUUGAUGGGUCACAAAGUUUCAAAGGCAACAACUAAGAUUGAAGAUGUAUCUGGAGAAGGAGUUGAGAGGUCAUUGACACCUGGUGAUGACAAAAAUUCUGGAGAACCAGCAGCCAAGUAUCAGAACUUCAUAGUUGGCCAUGAGGAUAGCAUGGGUGCAGAAGGUGGGGCUGAGAGUUCGGAGGUUAAUGCCAAAUCUUCCUCUGCUGGGAGAAGGCAAAAUUUUGGGAGGAGAAAUUCUAAGAUAUGUCCUUCAUUAGUAAAUUCUGAAGAGGGGGAGCCUUCUGUCAUUUCCUCAGAAGUUUGUAAAUGCUUCAUCACUGUAUCAGCCAGUAGUGGUGAGCAUGGAGAGUCUGCUGAAGUUGGUAAGGAGGCAGGCUCUGACCAUGCCACUUCUGGAAGAGGGGCAGUACCAGUCCCUGUCAAUCAAAGAAAAGAGCUUGGAAUGCUGAGCACCAUGGAGUUCUACAAUAUGUUGAUGGAGGGUCACACCAGUCCUUACCUUUUUGAUCCACACUAUGUUUUGAUUAUAGACACAAGAGAAAAGGAAGAAUAUGAAUCUCUUCAUAUCAUCACUGCUGUUCAUGUCACAGUUCUCAGUGAAUCUCUGAUGGUCAGUGACUUCUCUAAGUAUGUUCAUAUCAUUCUGUAUGACAAAGAUGGAAGGACACACUGUCUCACUGAAAGUCCAAUGUCUCAGUUACAAAUGAGACUUAAAGACUUUGAACCAGAAGUGUUAGAGGGAGGCUUCGAUGCAUGGCUAACUAAACACCCUUAUUUAUGUACUGAUGAGAUCAUUUUUUCAGAACUGCAGCGAGAGGAGAUGUUUUUCACAUAUCCUUCCAUGAUCCUGGAAGAUUGGCUGUAUCAGGGGGCUGGGCAGCAUGCUACAAAUGAGAAAAUCAUCUCUGAUCUUGGCAUCACUCAUGUCAUUAAUGUGGGACUGGAGCAUCCUUCUCCUUUUAAAGUUCGGAUGCAAUAUUUUGAGGUUCGUGUAACAGAUGACCCGGGAUCCAACAUAAUCAACAUAUUCCCUAAAGCAACAGACUUUAUGAGACAGGCCAAGCAAAGUAAAGGCAAGGUUCUAGUCCAUUGUAACUUGGGAGUAAGUCGAAGCUCUGCUGUAAUACUUGCAUAUCUCAUUACAGAGUUUCAUUGGACAUUAAUGGAUGCCUACAAAGUGCUUAAGAAUACAAGAAAUGUUGUUCGUCCAAACUUAGGUUUUUUAAAGCAGUUGUCAGAAUAUGAAGAAAGAAUAUUUGGGAAGAAGCUGACUGAUAUUGAUGAAAUACAUUUUGGUUGAGUGACAUUUUAUCUAAAAUGGUUUGUUUUAUUUUUUUCACUGCACAUUUAAAAGCAGCUGAUAUUGGAAUGCAAACUUUUAUUUAGAGUUAAUGAUUGGAAAGAUUUUUUUGUGUAUGUGUGUGUGUUUAUAUUCUAUGUAAAAUUAUGUUUCAUUGUUUUAUUUGAAUUAUUAUUAUAUAAAGACAUGGGGUGAAUUAUUGGCUCAGAAUUUUUCAUGUAAAAUUGAUUUCACCAAAGAAACACUUCCCUUUUUUUCCCCAAGGUCAAAUUUGCCUCGUUCAUUCAUUGUAGACACAUAUAUUAACCCCUUUUUAAAUUCAUUUAUGAAAUGUGAAUGUUGUGGCUAGAAAUCAUUAUAAUCUUUUCAUCACAAGCUUAUUUUCUAGAUCUUGGAUAUCCUUUUUGUUUUAAUUUUUUAGCAAGUGUGUAUUAGCUUUAAUUUUUUAAUGAAGUGUAUAUUUUUUAAUUACAAUAUAUUGUCAUAUAAUGAAAAACAUUUUAAUUAGAUACCCAUGUAACUUGAUAUGUAAUAUCAAAUAUUUACAUAUAUAUUGGAAAACAUCAGAGUAGUAAGAUUUAGUGGACAUCAACUAGGAAGUCCAACAAUGACUUACCUGAUCACAUACCUCAUUGAUUUAUUUUAAUAAAUGUAUUCUCUUUAUUAUUAUAAUAUGUUUAAACUUUUGUUAAGAUAAAUAUAUUUUCCUUAUUUGCAUUGCUAUGUUAUUGGAGUAUGUGAAUUUCUCAUGCAUAUCGUAGUAUGUAUUACAUAUUAAUUACGUAAUAUAUAAGUAUGUGCCAAUGUAGAUAUACAGUAAGUGCUGCUAAAUGUGAACAUUAAUGACAAAUGACCUGUGGUAUUAUUUCAGAAACUGUUGAUUUUACAAAUAUUAUUCAAUGGCAUUUCAUUAAAAUUGUGGACCAACACAUAUCCAAUAAAAAUUCAUGACCUGUUUUCAAGGUGUACAUCAGUACACAUUUUACUGUAUCAUACCCCAGGACAAAUUUUGACAAAUUUUGAGAUGAGAUGCACUACUUUCCAAUACCACAGAGAAUCAUCACUAUCUCAUCGCGUACUAGGCAAGAGCAGUGUCGCGUCAGAUGCUUCGAAGCAAGUACAGUACAUGUACUGAUACACACCUUGAAACUGGGUAUUGUGACCCAAUCUACCGAUGACUUCAGGAUCAUUCAGUGCCGAGUCUGGUAGCUGGGUCGCCCAUAUUUAGUUCCCAGAUCUGUUAGUAUGUGGACCAUCUGGUCUGAAUGCUCUGACUGCAAUAUGGAUUUUGCGAAGUGAAUGGUUGUGAAAAGUUAAGGUUCUGAAAUAAAAGUUUAAUAUUUUCAUUGAAGUAGAGAAUUAUAUAUACAAAUUAUUGCAAUUUAUUUACAA